AACGUGGUGUAUAUUAUAAAAAAUGGAGAGAAGAUGAGGCUGGCUCAUGGCCAUUUUUAAAAGCAUUAUCCUCCACUUUAUGCUGUAGGAAGGGAACGCAGACCAACCUAAGCACAACUUUAAAUAUUCUCCACUUUUUGUCUUCCUCAAUCAUACAUUACCUACUAUCCCACUAAGCACCAUUAGUUACAAUCACACGUUAAUAAACAACCAAAUCUCAACUUAUACAUAGUCCACAUCUGUUACAUCUCAGGUCUCCCAACCUAAAAAUCAAUUCUUGAAAUAGCUCUCCUUUCUCUGCUGACCUACUGCAUGUAGGUGCUUCUUGGAUACAGCUUCUGUGGGAAAGUGUUUAAGAGGUCCGAAAUGCUCUUGUUUCUGGUUAAUUGCAUUCUCUUCUUUGCCAAUAUCUUAGCAGUAUUUUCAGCAUCAUUGCCUCAAGAUGCUGUUCAUCUACUUGGGUUCCGCAGCAGUCUCCCAGAGUCCUCUCAACAAUUGCUCCCUUGGAAUCAGUCCGUCUCACACUGCCAAUGGAAAGGUGUUUCCUGCUAUACAAACAGGACUUCUCAUGUCGAAUCAUUGAAGUUUACAGACUUCCUUCUAUCGGGAAUCUUGGAGAAGGCAUUUCCCAAACUUUGUCGCCUUCCUCGAUUGGUCUCCCUUGAUCUCAGUGGCAACCAUUUCACUGGUGGCAUCCCCGCUAUGCUCGCAAACUGCAGCCAGCUUGACACGAUUCUCCUCAACGACAACAGAUUUUCAGGAUCCAUCCCACCAGAGAUUUUCAAAUCAAGCAAGCUUUUACAACUUGAUUUGGGUUACAAUCAGCUCAAUGGCACCAUUCCUUCUGAGGUAGGCCUUUCUACAAGCCUUCAAUAUCUCGGGCUGUGGGAAAAUUCCCUUAGUGGAAACAUUCCAAAUGAGCUAUUUGAUUUGCCAAACUUGACAGAUCUCUACCUCCAAAGAAACAAUCUAACAGGACCUCUUCCGGAUUUCCCAUCCUCGUGUUCACUUUCCCAGCUUUAUAUUUUUGAGAAUAAUUUCUCAGGUUCUUUGCCAAUUACCCUGGGUAAUUGUCACAACCUUACUGCAUUUUAUGCAUCAUCUGCUAAUCUUGGAGGAGUUAUUUCCGCAGAGGUUUUUAGAGGCCUUUCAAACCUCAAGAAUCUCUCUUUAAAUGACAACCACUUUAUAGGAGAAAUUCCUGAAACCUUAUGGACAGGGAGCUUACAAGAGUUAGUUCUUUCCCUCAAUAAGUUUAAUGGAAGUAUAUCCGAAAAGAUUGGUGGCUGUCAUCAGAUAACUUACAUUGAUUUGUCAGUUAACAAAUUAACUGGUCAGAUUCCCAGGUCAGUUGGACGUCUGAAGAAUUUGAACAAUCUUUAUCUGUACAAAAACAUGCUUAGUGGUUCAUUACCAGCAGAACUUGGAAACUGCUCUUCUCUUGUUGAAAUCAAUCUCAUCAAUAACUCCAUCAGUGGGGAACUUCCUUCAGAACUUUGCAACCUUCAAACCCUAGCAAAAUUUUAUGCAUUCAAAAAUCAAAUUCGAGGCCAAAUUCCAGAAUGCAUAGGCAGAAUAAGCGGGCUGGAGGAGCUAGCUCUUUAUGAGAAUAAAUUGACUGGCAAGAUACCACAUGGAAUUACAAAUAUGACGAAACUGACAUUUCUUUCUUUGGCUCAUAAUAACCUUAUCGGAGAGGUACCACCAGAUCUGGGGAAAAAUAAUUUUCCUGGCUUAUUUAAGGUUGAUUUAGGUUAUAAUAACUUCAGCGGACAGAUUCCUUCUGAACUUUGUAAUGGAAACAGGCUUGCAGUCCUGACUCUUGAAUACAACCAUUUCAAUGGAAGCUUCCCAACAAGUAUCACAAAAUGCAAAUCUGUAUAUAGAGUGAACCUUCUCAACAACAAUCUGCAGGGGAGUAUUCCUGAAGACAUUGAAAAGAAUGAGAAUAUUUCUUACUUGAAUGUUCGAGGAAAUAUGCUUGCAGGAAGGAUUCCAGCAGCGUUUGGCUACUGGACUAAUCUUUCAACAAUUGAUCUUUCAGAAAAUAUGUUUUUUGGCUCCAUACCUGCAGAAUUUGGAAAGCUGCAAAAUCUUGUAAGACUGAGCAUUUCUUCAAACAGACUGAAAGGACAAAUUCCACUUCAGUUGAGUUACUCUGCGAAACUGGCCGAGUUGGAUCUCAGCAACAACAGUCUUUCAGGAAGAAUUCCGAAAGAAAUAGCAUCAUCUUCAGUAUUGACAAAUCUUCUGCUGCAGGACAACAAACUUUCUGGUGCUCUUCCGGACACUUUCUCCUCCACACAAAAGCUUAUAAAGCUGCAGCUGGGGAACAACUUGCUCGAAGGCCCAAUUCCAUGCAGUCUGAGUAAACUUAGGCAACCUAAUUUUGCACUGAAUCUGAGCAUGAAUAAGUUUACUGGUGAAAUUCCUAGAUGCCUAGGCAAUCUAGACACAUUGGAGGUCCUUGAUAUAUCAAGCAACAACUUGUCUGGUGCAAUACCAUCAGAAAUGGACAAGAUGAUAACCCUGUCAUUUCUCAACAUAUCAUUUAAUAACUUGUCAGGGCAGAUACCCAUUUCAUGGGAAAAACUAUUAAGUUCACAUCCAGGAUCUGUCCUGGGAAAUCCAGGGCUCUGCUUAUCAGGCGCUCAAGGUAGUAACUGCAAGCAUGUGAAAAAAUCACAUGUAAAAUGGAAGACCUUGGCUGGUGUAAUUAGUGGAUGUGUGCUGUCCAUGGCAAUCAUAGUUGCUGCAAUAUACUUACUAGUUACUCGGCGCCCUAAGCAUCGGCUCAUCAAGUGUCAAUCAGGACUUGAUGAUCUACCAGAUGGUAUAAGUUUUGAGGACAUUGUACAUGCAACAGAGGGCUGGAGCGAAAAAUACGUUAUUGGAAGAGGCAAGCAUGGAACAGUUUAUAAGAUGGAAACUGUGAAAUCCAAAAAGCAUUGGGCUGUCAAGAGGAUUGACUUAGCUGAGAGAGCAUUCAAUGAUGAAAUGACAACCCUAAAUCUAGUCAGACACCGCAAUUUGGUAAAACCGGGAGGAUACUGCAUCAGACAAGGAUAUGGCUUCAUUCUAACAGAAUUCAUCCCUGGAGGGACUCUUCAUCAUUCCCUUCACCAGAGUAAACCACCUGUAGUCCUGGACUGGGAGUCCCGCCAUCGUAUUGCUCUUGGUAUUGCUCAAGGUCUGUCAUAUCUUCACCAUGAUUCUGUCCCUCAAAUUAUUCACAGAGAUCUCAAAUCAGAUAAUGUAAUGUUGGAUUCUGAGAUGGAGCCAAAGAUUGGAGACUUCGGGAUUGCUAAAAUAGUAUCAGAUUCUGAUGAAACCGCAUCAAAGUCCACAAUCGUUGGGACACUAGGAUACAUUGCUCCAGAGAAUGCAUACUCAGCUCAAUUGACAGAAAAAAGUGAUGUUUAUAGCUAUGGAGUUGUUCUACUGGAGCUCUUCUGCAGAAAAUUGCCAGUAGAUCCCAGCUUUGAGGAAGGAUUAGACAUCGUUUCCUGGGUUAGGAAGUACUUGCAGAGAAGCAACAAUUUCUUUUGUUUUCUUGAUGAAGAAAUUCGUCUCUGGGAUGCAGAAGAACAAUGGAAAGCCCUGAAAAUAGUGGAUCUGGCACUUCAAUGUGCUCAACUCGAGGCAAAUGCCAGGCCUGCGAUGAGGGAUGUAGUAAGGUCUCUUGUCGAGUUAAAUCAUAGAUGUAAAGAGAAGAAAUGAAGCUUUUAACACUGUAACUCGGGUUCAUUUUCCCAACUUCCAACAUAAUACAUGAUCCUGAAUCUUUCAGUUUAA